AUGAAGUUUGUUUUGGCAAUUCUCCUACUUUUGGCAGUAGUGACGGCCACCCAGUUGAAUAUCAAGAAUAACUGCGGCAACGCCAUAGAUGUUGUGCGGACGGAAAAUGGAGUCCAGCCGGUCGUACAUUGCCGGCUAGCGCCGGGAAAAUCUUGUGGAGCCUCAUUUGGAGGGGGAAGAGGAAUGAACUUCAAGAAUGGAUUUGGAGGUAUAUGAGAACUACUGAAGUUGUGCUCCAAAUCACAUGGGAAAUACUUCAACUGCGACACUCAGGUUUUCUUUGAAUAUGGCACAUACUACAGAAAGUCUUAGCUUGCGCUUUAGAAGCGGGACCGAGAUAUUUAACGAUCGUUGCGGGCGAGAGAGCACACGGAACGCGAGGAGCGGUCAGAGAGAAUAACUUUGUUAUUUAUGCGAUGACAAAAUUGAUUUUUUGUGGAAAUAUUACCCUUUACGGUAGAAAUGGGUAUGAAACUUUCAGUGCCGAAAUUCCAUAAAAAAGUCUCAAAUUUUUCUGACUUUUGACCAGAGAUUGCAACGGCUGCGGAGCCGGCUCUGGGCUCCAGCUCUGAGCGGCUCCGGCUCCGAGCCGGGAGCCAGAGCCGGAGCCGGAAAUUUUGGGUGCGGCUCCGGCUUCCGAGCCCAAAGUCGGAGACAGGCUUCUCAGCGUUCAGAAAAGUAAAAAUUUCGUGAUCUUGUUAAACCAAAUUGCUUGAAAAAUACUGGGAAGGAUGUGUUGCAUACGACUUGGCUGCAAAAACGUUGGGUGUAUGAUCUCUGGCUUUAAUAACUUUUAUUUUUGGAAAAAUAUAUUUUUUAAUUUUUUUGCACGGGAGCCGGGAUUCGGAGCCGGGAACCUUUUUAAAUUUUUCAUGGGAGCCGGGAGCCGGAGCUGCAAAUUUGUCCUUAGCUCCCAGAGCCGGAGCCGGAGCCGAAAUUUUGACUGUGGCAAUCUCUGCUUUUGACCUAGAAAUCUCGGUAGUUUCUGCAAAGCGCAAGAUAGAAUAGUCGAAUGUAAAAAAUAUUCUAAAUUUGUGCCAAGUUUCAUCAAAAUCUGAGCGUCGCACUUGGAGCACUUCCCCAGUCGGCUGUGUCUCGCUGAAAGUGUAGUAAGAGACUUGACAACACAGGAGAAAACUUCUUUUAAUAGCUCUUUAAGGAUCGUCUUUUUGUCUUGAGAAAGAGUCAACUCUUUGUGGAAGCGUUAGAAAGCACAUCUAGAAAAGAUGCACAAAAAAGUUUCAGUUACCGUAAUGUUCAGACGACACUUAUUUAUAACUCUUCAGGUAAAACCCUUGCCGAGUUUUCUUUCGGAAACCGCGACGGCAACGAUUACUACGAUCUGAGCGUGAUCGUUGGCUAUGACGUUGGGAUGAGACUCCAAUCCCGGGACAGAACGCUGAACUGCUUCCAGCCGUAAGAAACAUUAGGCGGAAGCGCUAAUUGUACGAUGCUGUUUUUAGCCGCUGCCCUGACGCUUACUUGUUCCCGAAUGACAACUCAAAAAACCACGGGAUCAAAACCGGUGGCGCAUUUACACUGACUUUCUGCAAGUAA